AUGAAGGAAGGAGUAGAAAGAUGGCCUGGUCUAGCUAAGUGGUUGAACGAAGAAAUAUUACAGCCCAUCUCCUCGGGAUGGGAAAAAGAUUUCAGCCCAGAUGUGCAAACCUGCGUAAGGCAUAGUACGGAAACGCCUCUCCCCUGGGGCAAGUUGUUGCAUAUAAUAAUAAAUCAGGUCAAUACAGAUCUGAUAGCAGAUUCACCAAAGACGGAUCAGAACUUAUUAUGGGGGAAGGGGGAAUGGUACAACAUAUUAAAACAGAAUGAUAGUUUAAGUAAGCCAUGGGAUAAAAGUGAAGUCGGUAAAGGUCUUCUCCUAACAAUAGUAUGCAUCUUAACAGGCUUGACUAGUUCAGGAGAGGACGAAAGGGACAAGUAUCCAGGAAGGGCCCAGUUAUGUGACCAGAUAGAUACGGCCUUAAUCGUAGAUGAAAAUCAAUGGAGGCGAUGGUUAAGCAGUGAAGGAAGUCUCUCAACCGAACAGAAGGAAGAAUGUAAAGAAGAAGGAACCCCUAGAAGAUGUAAAAGUGCAAGUAUGAGUUUAGUGUUAACAGUAUAUAGAAGUAUGGCUAGUCUUUGUGAGAAGUGUGGGCCCUAUAGUUUCGCGCGGUGGGUUCAAAAGGGUUCAGAAGGAGGAGUGGGCCAGGGGACGCCGUAUUGUGAAGUAAAAGGCAGAGUGAUAGAGUGUACAAAAUCAACAACAAGACAUUGGAAAGUAGGUGAUUUAAGAAUGGUCCCCCUAAAAAAGGAAGGGGUCACAGCAGGGACUAGUGAAGUGGCCUUAAAACAGAAAAGAGCAGGCUCAGGCCAAGAUCCCCCCAAGCCCAGUCAACAGUCGUUGCAACCCCCUCAUACGGGCUCGGAAAUUACAGAAGAAAAACCGAACCCGUCGAUAAGUCAAGGAGGGGUCCGGACAACUCUCCCCGUGAAUGGCAGUAUGACCAACUCUGCCGGCACCAGGAAUGGAUUAGCUUCCUUGGUAGAUCAAAGAACGACCAAGGACCCUAACGUGCCUAGCCGAACCUCCUCCAUGAGCAGCAGUAUCCUAGUAAGGAAUGGAUCAACGAUGAGUCAAGAGGACGAGCCCCAUCACAACAAACAACUGGAACUGAAGCCUAGUACUGUAACAUCAGGUUCAGACACCUCAGGAACAACAAAAGAACAGUCGGACCCACCGGAAUCAACCACAGAGGAGGAUACAGGAAUCCCUCCAAAGAUCGGAGGAAUGGUGGGUGGUGUGUUAGGAGUUAUAUUACUGGGGGUGGCGAGCGUCUAUGGAAUAUUUCGGAUUUGCAGAGGAAAAGGGAGGCGUAAAACAGGAAAGGGGAGAAUCAAUAUUUCAAUCCUCCCUGUUCCGGCGUAG